AAACCGCAGGGUAUCUUCGGCGUCCCCCUCAAUGUCAGCAUCAAAUAUGCCAACGUCGCUAUUUCCCUGACGAAUGACAAUGGCGAAAGCUUUAUCUACGGCUAUGUGCCCAUUGUAGUCGCGAAGUGCGGGGUCUUCCUCAAGGAAAAAGCGACGGAUGUCGAAGGCAUAUUUCGACUCAACGGAUCCGCCAAGCGCAUCAAGGAUCUGCAGGAAAUCUUCGACUCUCCCGAGCGAUAUGGAAAGGGCUUGGAUUGGACGGGCUAUACCGUACACGAUGCUGCUAACGUCCUCCGUCGGUAUCUGAACCAACUCCCCGAGCCGAUCGUUCCAUUGGAAUUCUACGAGCGCUUCCGUGAACCCCUACGCAUUUAUCAGAAACAGGUCCAGGGUGGUGAGCCUACAAGCGAAGGCGAGAAGUUCGACCAUGCGAAGGCGGUCGCCGCGUACCAGCAGCUGAUCAGAGAGCUGCCCCCAUUGAACAAGCAACUGCUCCUCUACAUUCUCGAUCUGUUGGCGGUCUUCGCUUCCAAGUCUGACCAGAAUCGGAUGACAUCGGCCAACCUCUCUGCGAUCUUUCAGCCCGGCCUGCUCUCUCACCCGCAGCAUGAUAUGUCGCCGGAAGAAUACAAGCUGAGCCAGGAUGUGUUGAUAUUUUUGAUCGAGAACCAGGAUCACUUCCUGUUCGGCAUGAACGGGACCGCUGCAGACGAGGCGACGGUGAAGGAAGUGGAAGGGGGUAUGCUGCGCCCCACCUCCCAUUCCACAGUGCGGCGCUCCGUCUCGAGUGCUAGUGGUGGUGCAGAGAGUUUCCGGAAAUUUGGCAGUCUUCGCCGAAAUGUUUCGGUGUCUUCCAAGAACUCUCGCAAUUCGAACAAUGCCAGCCCCGCAACCCCCACGUCCAUGAGCGGCGCGGGAGUUCACCGAAGCAACACUCUACCCACCAAAAUGUCGCCGGCCAUUGCGCAAGCCAGAUACGGCCGAGUGACUGAAGCUACUGGUGGGAAUACUCCAGGACGGACUUCGACCCAGCGCUCGCGGUCGCCGAGCCGGGCACCGCCUGGCCCUGAGCAGAACCCCCAACCCGCGAAACCUCAGCCCGCACCACAAGGCGCGGGAACUGCCACCACAGGUCUCGUGUAUGUUCAUACAUCUACCCACGGUCCGAUUCCGGUUUCCCAGGCCACUGCCACCCACUCGCCUAUUGCAGAAAAGCCUUCUCAGGAUACGUUGACGGUGCCCUCUUCGCCUCCGCGGGCCGCAGUGACCCCGACAAAGGAGCGGAAGUUAUCCAGUUUCUUCAGCAAGUCGCCGCCUUCGGGUAGCGAGAAGGAGCCACGGCAGCCCAACCGGCUCAAGAAGAAACGAAUCCCAGGAAGCGCUAGUGCCAGUGCACAGAGUUCAUCCCAGUCCCUACAAGCUGCCACGUCUGACUCGGGAAUUAGCAUUCCACCGCCCAGGGCGUCUGAUCCUACCGAUGCUGGGGGAGACACCCCGAAACCUCUGAGCGCCCCUAAUCCAGAAGAUAAUGCCCCGCAAGAUGUGAAACCGGAGAAGUCAGCGGCUCCGAACGAGGCUGGACACCCAUCCGAUACUACUUUGAGGCCAUAUGGGUCACGCACUCCGUCGAUGAACUCGCGGUCAUCAUUCACCGAUCUUUCGGAUGCUGAUCCCACUGACGAGACCUCUCGCGCAGACCGCAAAGAGCAUCGGCGGAGCUGGAGGUUUCCUCGAUCGUCAAAACGGAGUAAUGAGCAAAUCGGACUCGGACUAGGAUCCCCGCCGCUCUUGGCUUCGAACCCGGGCGCGGAUCGCAGUACAAGCUCGUUUGGCAGCUGGCAUCACUCGAGCAAAAGCUCGCCGUCCGAUCUCCAGCAGUUCGCCAGCGAACACUCAUUUCAGCCGCUCAGCCUGGAUGCUGAAGUGAACAACAAUGGUAAGGACUCGUCCGAGCCGGAGAAGCGCAGCCUGUUCGGAAAAUUUAAGGCCAAGGUUGCGCAGGUUCGGGACGGAGUCAUGGACACCGAAAGGGAUCGGACAAGGAGUCCUCCCGUACAUUCAGACGCAGAGAAAUCUGCCUCCAGUCAGACACUCUCCCCCGCCCCGAAGGAGAGCAAUCACACGCGACCUGCACCGCCGGCGCCAAUUGAUGUGACAAGAGAGCUCAAGGACAUCCAGAGCACGCCAGUGUCCCCUCUUCCUGGGUCAGGUUUGCCGCCGGCAAUCCCGGAAGAACCACGCACCCCGGACAGUCCGGCUGUACCCGUCGAGCUGGAGGUGAAGAAGGACAACGGGGUGGAGGAGACGGGGUCUGCGGCGACUCUUCCAACAUUUGAAUCCCACAAGGGAGACAUUGAGACCUCUCAGUUCCUUGGGAACUAG